CAGAGUUGGACUCAAUGCUGUCUCCAUAAGGACGGACCUGCUGAUGCGGACGAGCGUUAACUGGAGAACAAGAGUCGCGCAAGACCGUGAUCCUAUUUACACUUUACUACAACCUCACCGCAAAGUCAGAAAAGAGGAUUCCUGCGGCUCUCACAUUCCCUCACCCGAAGUGUUCCUUACCUUCCCCGGCUCACGGCUCUGCUGGGAGAUCGAAGGGAAACCACUUGACAGACUUGAAGAGCUUUGCCUGAGGCCAAACAGAGCUCAUAUAUAAAGCUGGGUGAAGGACGUUAACACACCGAGAAGUGGAAGCUGUGGCUGCAUCAACCAUGGAGGUCUACACCAGUACUUCGAGGAAACUUACUUUGCUCUCAUUCACCUUCCUGUGGGGGCUCUCAGGGAUAUGGGCCCAGAUCCAGAUGCCCCAAUCCAGUAUGGAUGCGAUCAAGGGUCAGAUGGUGGUGCUGAGGGCCUCAUACAUCACAGAGCCAGGCAGUGACCUGAGCACCAACACCAUCCUCUGGAAUUUUUUCUCUAACAACAGCCAGCUGAUCAUCUCCUACACCAAAGGCUCCAUGAGUGUAGGCAGCGCCCAGUUUAAGGGCCGCGUUGGUUUCUUCACUAGCAUGCCCUCACGGGAUGUGUCAUUGUACAUCAACAACACCCAGGAGUCUGACUCAGGACUCUACUUUUGCCAGGUCAUCAGGCCUGAUAAUCCUGGCCUCACUGCUCAGCUCACCCUGGAUGUGAAGGUCCCUCCUGCUGUUCCUAAGUGCUCUGUGUCAGGGAAGGCAGUGCUGAAGGGAAAUGUGACUCUGAGCUGCACAUCCAGCUCUGGGAAGCCCAUUCCUCUGUACAGGUGGAAGAAAACCAGCCCCACCUCGGAGGUCUUCUUCUCACCUAUGCUCAAUGAGAAGACUGGCACUCUGAAGCUGAGCAACCUGAGCAGCAACAUGUCAGGGAAGUAUGUGUGCAUGGCCAGCAACUCAGCUGGGUCAGAGAGCUGCGUCGUCAACCUGGAUAUCGUCUCCUCCACUAAAGUGGGGAUGAUUGUUGGAGCCGUUGUGGGCUCAUUGCUCGCCUGCGCCUUCCUUGUCCUCCUCCUCAUCUGCCUCUUUUACCAGUUUAAGAGGCGGAGAGACAAUGAGGACGACAUGGCCAAUGAAAUCAAGGAGGACGCUCAGGCUCCCAAGCGUGUGUCCUGGGCUAAAAGCGGCAUGGGUUCAGACAUCAUCUCCAAGAACGGCACCCUGUCCUCCAUCGCCUCUAGCCCACACCAUAAAGAGCCCUCACACCACCACAACAACAACCACCACCACCUGCAGCAGUACCCCCAGCGCCCCCCUUCGGACACUGCCUCCAUAAUUACCGCCACUGGCAGCAUGGCCGGCUACCGCCCAUCCCGCCAACAUGGAGCCUCCACUCCAACCCACUACAGCUACAACAACGAUACCACCCUGCCACGAGGACAGACCAUCUCCUCUGAGGCCAGCACCAACGGGAGUUCCCUUCCCAGACCAGAGCGUUACACCCAGCUGCCCCAGGCUCAGGUGCUGCCGCAGACCUACGGCCAGCCUCAGCUGCAGUUCCAGGCUGCUCCCUCCCCGCCACCGCUGCCCACCUCCACAGUCACAGCCUCCAACAUCACCCGCAUGGGAGGUGUGCCCAUAAUGGUGCCUGCACAGAACCAGGCCGGGUCUCUGGUCUAAUGCUGGCAAAACAGUGCUGUCUACCGAAACAGUGGAAUACUGUCCCUUUACACUCUUAGGAAGGGUCAGCUGCUGAUUUUUUUUAAAGGGAACGCUUUAACUUCUAUUUAGCAAAAAAUUACAGUAGACGAAAAGGUCAGAUUCACUUAUUGACGCUUGCUUGCGCCGAGAAGAUUUCAUGGCAAGACUUUCAGACACAGACUGUUACUUGCAUUAAGUAUACUCAAGUCUUUUAUACUCUGUAUGCACUGUACACAUUGCAAACUAUGUACUGAUAUGAUUUUCAUACAUUCUUGUCCAGUAUGCUCUUUUCUACAUUAUCAAUGCAUUUUUAAUAUUGUACUUUAUUUGUUGUAUUUUAUUAUUUUCAAAAGUAGCUUUUUAAUGUCGUAUCAUAUAUAUAUAUAUAUAUAUAUUUUUUCCCUCCAGCCGCACUAAUUCCUCAAAGUGAACAGCAAAUGGAUCAUCAGUGGGGGCUGUCAUGUGUGUGCAGGAGUCAUAGAUGACCAUACAGAUGGAAUAAGAAGAGGGUUAUGCAGGUCAGCUGUACUUCCAUCAUCUUUACUUAAAAAAUACCAAAAAAAGGUUUUAUCUAGACCAAAAUAGGUUUAAGCACAAUAUAUCAGUACUGUUCAGAGGAGCUCAAAGUGAAGUUAGUGAGAACUGGGUGUAAUAUAUACAGAUCUAUGUAUUAAUGAGCAUAUUUCUGUAGCGUUCUUGUGGAAAGACAGAUGAAACAACAUUAUACAUGUGAUUAAGUUUGGCAUUGCAAAGUAUCCUAAUCCUUUUUUUUGGCUUUACUUCUGUUGGUGGUUCAGUUUUUUAAAUGCUCUUAGACUCAAUUCUUUAAACACAGAUUAGCAAAAGCUUCUUGUAAUACUGAGCACUAUUCACAACUGCAGUGUGGUGACUUUGCUAAAACAUGAGUCGACACUUUAACAGUAAUCAUUUAAAGUUGGCUACAGAAUUGAAGUUGUAAAUAUGAUAUUUAUUUUCUGAUAAAUGUGCGACAUACAUAUUGUUGGCCACAGUCUGUAUGGAACAUAUAAUACGGGUUAUAUGUUUUCCUUCAACACUGGAUACUGAACCAAAGAAACAAUAUGUAAGGCUUCAUUAUUUCAACCUGUUCUUUUUAUAUGUUUAUUCUUUAUAUGUUUAUUUGCUUAUUUAAAUCAACAUGACACUGAAGCAUUUUUUUGUCCUGCUGAAAGCAUUUUUAAACAAACUUUCUUUCACAUUUGCUUGACAUUGUCACAUUAUGGUAACAGGAAGCUGAUAUCAUUUCUCAAAUUUCUCUAAAUCAAAAACAUUGUAAAUUUGUUUUUAUAACCCUUUUUCAAUGCACAAACACUAACACCUGUUAACAUCUGGCUUUUCUAUGUAAUUGGAAAGGUUACAAAUAGCAUUCUCAUCUGGGUAGUCACAGGUAUUUAUCAGCUCCAGCUCUGAUCUGCAUUGAUAUAAACACAACACCGGGGUGAACGCGCUAAACAUCAUUCCAAAUUAGUCUGCACCCAGUUUGAAAGAUAGACUGAGUAAGUUAGAUAUAUACAAAAAGAAGUAACCACUGUAACAGUUGAUUUCUACUGUUUUCUAACCUUCUCUGGCCUGUCAAAUGAGACACACCAGUGGAAGAAAAAAACAGAAAGGCAUACUUGCCUGCUGCAGAGCCGUGUACACAGCUCUGGUCUGCUGGCAGUGGAAAAGGAGUCUAUAUCCUAUUUUUAGUGGGUUUACCCGUGUUUAAAAACCCACAUACACAAGCUAAUUUUGGCUGAAAACGGGUAUAAGACUUUAGCAGGUGCCCUGUUUGUGCUCUGCUAUCAUUUCCUGGUAGAGAAGAUUGAGAAGAUAAAGUGUUUCUCCUUAAAGUUAGGGGCGUUAUUUAGGACAUUUAAAGCAACCCACAUACUGUGUUAAAUACUGCACUGAAUUUUGGCUUAGAGUUGCCUGGGUCCAGACCUGCACUGAAUUACCGGUUUAAUCUGGAAAAACGAAUUAUGAGCGCUGCAGAGGGACUAGCAAUUAGCCAAUCAGACUGACACUGCUGUCAGGUUGUUGUCAAGUGGUGCACAAGAACCAAUGAGGAGUAUUAACAGCAGUGGCGAGUCCUAUACACAAGAUAGAUGCAGGCUGUUCUCAACCAUCAUGUCUUAUUAAUAUCACCUGACAACGUUGUUUGUUUUACUUCGCUGCGCUCCACUCUAUAAACCCCAGCAAAACAAGUAUGUUUGCAUGGCUACACAUUGGUGUGGACUUAAAUAAUGUUAGAUUCGGGUGGACACUUUGUUUUAGUGAUUGAUUCGGGAAAAUCGAAUCCCUGUCCACCACAAAAAUCAACUAGAGAGGACGCAGUGUCAGACUAAAGAUAAAAACCAAGUGUUACUGUCUGAUAUCAGGCAAACCUCAAAGGCUCGGUUCUGUGCAUAUUUUGAAUAAAACACAAUUCCUGUAUUAUGCUCCUGUUAUUUUUGUUCAGUCAGUAAUUAUGAUUAAGAAAAGCUGUAGCUCUGGGGCCCUGACUCCCACAGGGUGUCGCCAAAGCUUCACGAGGGGUCAAAUGGCCCUUGAUUUUAAGGGGUAUAGGAAAACUUAUUCCUAAAAAUGUACAGUAGACCUAUAUCUCAGCACUUCAUUUCUUUCAAGAAAACUAAACAAAAUUAUUUUCAAAGUUUAGAUUAUUAUUCAAGAUAUAAACUUAAAAAAACCUGACAGAAUAAGAGCACAGUGAAAACCUGAACAGAGGCUCUAUUCACAGAGCCCUCCCUGUCUGCUAAACAGCCCUCUCCUGCAGUCAAAACAAUCAUAGAGCUAACAGAACAAUGGCCAAGUGUCAGGGGGAAGAAAACACUGAAUUUGUCAGUCAAAAAGAAGCCUUGUAAGUGUAACUGAUAAACAUAAUACAGACAGAGAAUCUUAUAAUAAAGUUCCUAAAAUAUCAAGAAAACUCAUCUGUGCAAAAUUCGCAUGAAAUGAUCUGCUAAGAACACCCUUACCACCUGUUUCCUUCCUUCAGUUAUUGCGUUUACUGUUUGGGUUAUUGUACAUUUUCUAGGUUGUUCUGUACUGUUAUUGUUAUGCAAUGAAUAUAAUAUGAAAUAUCCAUAAAAUAUGUUACUUAAUCAGAGGUGGUCAGUUAAUGGAAUGAUAGAGAAGGGGUCCCUUAAGGAAAAAGGUUGGGGACCACUGCAGCAGAUGACACGGAGGACCAAUUCUCUGAAAAACUGCUCCACUGAGUGAUUAUUGAAAUUCUGACAUUGUUAAAAAAAGUAAAUAAAUAAAAAUUACAUUUAAAACAUAAUAUUGCAAAGUCAGAAUGUAUCGAAAUGGCUAAAUGGAUCAGGAACAUAACAUAAACUUUGGUUUCAAAUCAGUUUUUAACAAGCAUUGAAAUCUAAUUGUGGCUUGUGUCUUUCUUUCUCUGGCCACUAUCAAUUCACACAUUAUUAGGAUUUUGGGGAAAAAAGGAAAAACAGAUAAAUGUAUAAUGAUCAUAAUAUCUAUUGUGCUGUAUUGUCUUUACACUGGAGCAAUGAUUGUGCACAGGAUGUUAGAACAUUCCCAAAUGAAUCAUUUGAAACAUGAGAGCAUGCUUUACAGAGCAUUUCUGAAAAUUGACAUCUCUUUGACACAAACUCGACAGGACAGUGGGAGUUGAAUGUCUGGUAGUUUUGCUGAGGUUUGUAUUGUUUUUAGAAUAUUAAAGCAAAAUGAAAAGAGUUGAUGAGGGAAGGGGGAAGUGAUGAGCAAAUCAUUUUGAUGAGUAGAACUUAGUCUUUACAGCUACAGUGAUACUUUUGAACUUGUGAAUGGGUCAUUGAAAAAGUGUACAUUGUGAACAUUAAAAUGUAUUCAAGACAAGCCUUUAUUUUUAUACAGUGAUGUAUCAGAGCACACAAGCAGAGUUUAUAAAUAGUAAAUGUCAGUGAUGGAUUGUAUAACUGCUGUGGACAGACUGGUGGAAAAACCUGUGCUCAUGUCUACAGUAGGUCCAAACUAUGGACAUGGAUGUGCAGUGUGCACUUGUAUCCUCCAUAUUUAUGUUCAUGGAAAAUGCUUUGUAUGAAAUUUUCAAUUAAAGAAGAAAUGAUCAGCUA